AUUUUCUAAUUAACCAAUCAAGCAAAAUGGAGGAUCUAUUACUGAAGACUUAUAUGAUUCUUCUCCUAGUAGUAGUCCUCUUUUUGUCUCUCUAUUCUCUAAAUAACAAGAGGGAAAAGCAACACAGCGGAAUAGCAGCAGUUGAUCCACCUGGGGCUUUAGGUUGGCCACAGAUCAUUAGCGAAAAUGUUGAUUUCCUUCGGAAAAAUCUUAAAGGCAUUCCAGAGCAAUUCUUUCAGGAAAGGAUUCGAAUAUACUCUUCGGAAGUCUUCAAGACUUCAUUAUAUGGAGAAACUGUGACUGUCUUCAGUGGUGCUUCUGGUAACAAGUUCUUGUUCUCAAACGAAUACAAACUCGUAAAGAUGUGGUGGCCUAAAUCGGUUAGAAAGAUUGUGCCAUUUAUAGAAGAUUCAGCCUCACCCGCGGCGCAACGAGUGUCUAGGAACCUCCGUAGUAAGUUGUUUCCUUUAAUUAUGAAACUAGAUAUGCUCCGGAGGUACGUAGGCGUGAUGGAUUCUUUGGCAAGGAAACAUUUCGAAACUAAUUGGGAUAACAGGGAGGAAGUUGUUGUGUAUCCUUUAAUCCAGAUUUACAAUUUCUCAUCAGCAUGUUUGUUGUUCUUGAGCAUCAAUGAUGAAGCUCGUGUUAAUGAGUUACUCGACCUCUUUAAUGUGGUCAGCGAUGGAAUCUUAACUAUACCCAUUAAUUUACCUGGGACACCUUUAAAUCGGGGCAUCAAAGCAUCAAAAAUUAUCCGCAAGGAAUUUGCAAAAAUAAUUAAGCAGAGGAUGGAUGAGAUGAAUCUUUUUAACGAGGAUGAGCUGAAGAAAAUGAAUCAAUCAUCAUCGUCUUCAGUUCCAGUGGCCCAAGACUUGUUGUCCCAGAUGAUCCUAUUUUGUAAAGAAAAUGAUGAUACAGAACAUGUCGAAGGCAUCUGUGCUGAUAUGGAGAGCAACAAUGAGAAAACAAAGUCAUUUAUUUAUGCAAAAUACCUUGCGGACUUGGUGCUUCCUAUAAUCAUUGCUGGAUAUCACACACAAAGUACUGUUAUUACAGUCCUUAUGAAGUAUCUUGUCGAGCUUCCACAUGUUCUCCAUGAGGUCUUACGGGAGCAGAACGAGAUUGCAAAUGCGAAAGCAACAGGAGAGUUGCUAAAUUUAGAUGACAUACAAAAAAUGAAAUACUCAUGGAAUGUAAUUUGUGAGGUAUUGCGACUGGCACCACCGCUCCAGGGAGCUUUCACCGAGGCAUUGGCUGACUUCACCUAUGCAGGAUAUUUUAUUCCAAAAGGAUGGAAGUUAUAUUGGAGUGCAAUAUCGACACACAAGAAUCCAGAAUAUUUUCCAGAUCCUGAAAAGUUUGAUCCGUCAAGAUUCCAACGGAACGGACCUGCUCCAUACACAUUUGUAGCGUUUGGUGGAGGCCCUGGAAUGUGUCCUGGAAGAGAGUAUGCUCGGGUACAAAUGCUCAUUUUCAUGCAUCAUGUUGUGCGAAGGUACGAAUGGGAGAAGCUGAUUCCUGGGGAUGAAAAAUUUAGAGUCAGUCCGUUUCCUAUGCCAGCUAAAGGGCUUCCCAUACAACUUCGACCUCGGAAAACCUAAUUAAUUAGCUAGUAUUAUUGAUUUGAUUUAUCAAUUAAGCUUUAUUGUAUCGUAUCUACUGUUGGAUUGUGCUUUAUUGACCAAGAUCUGCCGUCAGUUCAUCUUCCUAUCAUGCUAUUGUAAACCCAAGAAAGUGUGACAUUCAAACUAAAUAACAAAAAAAAAAGAAAAAAG